AUGACCCGUAGCCAGUCGGGAGAUCUACUACCAUUAGAUCAGGAGCUUGAACGGACCUGCAGGAACUUCAAGCGGGCUCUAAAGGCGCGACUGGAUGCGGAGGAGGCGCUAGCACAGCUACAGAUCACUGAAGAAGAGGAGAUGGCUGAUCCACAAGACCAUGAUGUGGUCAAUCCUGGGGAGCAGACCAUGGGUCAUUACUGGACCGCCAGGGCUGCAGACAUGAGGUCACCCAUUCAACACCCUCAUGUCCCAGCCAAUAAUUUUGAGGUGAGCACCUCAGUAAUCACCAUGUUGCGCGGUUCAGUGAUGUUCCGAGGCAAAGAGGGGGAGUGCCCCCGAUCACAUCUCAGGCGAUUCCACGAGCUCAUUGAUGGAAUCAAGAUCAAUGGGGUCCCAGCAGAUGCCAUCCAGCUGAGGUACUUCCCAUUCACCCUGGAGGGGCAGGCCAAGGAGUGGCUAGACACUCGACCUCCAAGCUCCAUCACCACGUUCGCCAACCUGGCGGACAAGUUCCUUACCCGCUACCAUCCUCCGUCCAAGACGGCGGACUUGCAGAAGCAGAUCACCCACUUCACCCAGGAUGAAGAUGAGACCAUCCGGGACGCCUGGGAGAGAUACAACAGCCUCUUCCUGAGGUGUCCCAAUCAUGGUUUCAACGAUGCUUUCAAGGUGGGCACCUUCUAUCACGCCCUCUUCCCAGAAGACAAGCAGCUGAUUGACUCAGUUUGUGGCGGGAACAUGCUGACCAAAACACCGCCACAGCUGAAUCAACUCUUUGAGGAGAUGGCAGAGAACGGGUAUGAUUGGGGCACUGCUAGGAGGUCGAGGAGAGCACCAAGCCGAGGUGUACAUUCUGUGGGAAACAAUCCUUCUGAUUUGGUGCAGGUGGUGUGGAAGCUGGUUUCAGCUAUCGAUCGUUCCGGGAUGCUUCCAGGGACCGGACAACAGCAGGCGAUGCUCUGCCACUGGUGCGAGAGCACCCAUCACAUGGUGGAAGACUGCCAGGCGAUGAAGGAAUCGACAACACCCCAGGAGCAGGUGAACUUCAUCAAUAAUGUUAGGCGCAACGACCCCUACAGCAACACUUACAACGAGGGGUGGCGCCAGCAUCCCAACUUCUCCUGGGGUGGGGCAAAUUCCAGACCACCAGUCCCCCAGGGACCACCGGGCUUCCAGAGGCCGCCAUAUCAGCCUAGACAGGGGCAAUUCCAGCAGCCACAACAGUCUCUCUACCAGCCCAUGCAGGGGCAUGCUGCUCAAUCACAGCCGCGACCUUUCCAGCAGCCAGGUGCAGCCCCUGCCGCCCCAGUGCAGAAUGAUCCGAUGGCUGAAUUGCAGGACUUGGUGGGUUCUCUCGCUAGUUCAAGUGCUCAGAAAUUCAAUACUAUAGAGCAGUUCAUGGAAAAGGCAUCGGGUAAAUUCCUGGCUCUUGAAGCUGGCCAGAGGAACACACAUGCUGUCUUGCAGGAUAUCCAAACCCAGCUGGGGAGCGUGGCUCAAGCAGUGGCGCAAAGGGCUCCUGGUACUCUGCCCGGUCAGACCAUCCCUCACCCUCAGAACCCGAAUGAGCACUACAAUGCCAUCAUAACCAGGAGUGGAAAGAUGACUGUUGAUCCAUGA